AUGAAUGACGGUACACUCGUCAUUCGUGAAGAGAAGGUUCCGUCGCGAAAUGUAGGCGGUGUUGGUUUAGUUGUGCCCCCAUCUGUCGUCCGUCUUGUCGAUUCUCACGAGAUCCUGUCACCUCGUCUAGCCAUUCUUCGUCUCCCUCUGCCCCAAAAACCCAUCAGUAUCAUCAAGUGCUACUCACCAACAUCAGUAGCUGAUGAAUCCGAAUUGGAUGCGUUUUAUGAGGAUGUAGAUGGACAUGAGAAUCCCCCUACGGCACAACUCGUCCGGAAAUCGACUACGUACUCACCAACCCGAAGGUCUUGUCUACUAAAUGUCUCGGUAGUACCAUCUUUUUGUAGUGGUUCUGAUCACCUUCUCCUUCACGCAAAAUGCGACCUAACCACACGAUGGAAAAGAACAUCUGCUGCUGGCAAUGAAGAAGGAAAGAAGUCGUAUGCGAUGACUGCAUACUAG